AUGCGCACCGCACGCCGAGGCUUCCUCUCCGCCAGCAAAGCGCCCCUCGUCCGCCGCGCCGCGCCACCCUCGCCCGCCCUCGCACUCGCAACCACCCGCUCGACAAGCGCCAUCGUUGCGCGCAGACCCUCGCCACCCGCUGCCGCGCGCGCCUUCACCUCCGCCCCGCCCCGCCGCGCCGCGAUCCUCAACCCGCGCAAGGACGACGAUGGCAACGAGAUGAAUAUCGAGAUCACGCCGCGCGCGGCACACCGCAUAAAGCAGAUCAUGAAAAACGACGCGAACCCGGACCUGCUCUUGCGGAUAACCGUAGAAUCGGGCGGGUGCCACGGCUUCCAGUACCUGAUGUCCUUGACCACAAUGCCCGAGAUCUCGCAAGAGGAAGACACGGUGUUUGCGAGCGACGGCGGCGCGCGCGUCGUGCUGGACGAGCCGAGCCUUGAGAUCCUUAAGGGGAGCAAGGUCGAUUAUACCAUGGAGUUGAUUGGCAGCCAGUUCAAGAUUGUGGAUAACCCCGCUGCCAGCAGUAGUUGUGGCUGUGGGACCAGCUUUGAUGUCAAGGUGUGA